AAGUGAGGGAGAAAUAUCAGAGACACGGUCGGUCGUCUGCUGCUCUUACAACAUGUAGAGACUAGAGACUAUGUUGUGGUCUGGCCUCUGCUGGUGUGGUUUAUUCGGUUGUUUCGUUCGUUCGUUCAUUCGUCUCCGCGGACGGAGUUGGGAACUGAAGUUGUAACUGAAUUGGUGGAGUCGCGAGUUUUUGUAGCCUUGUGGACCCGUCAGUCAGUCAGUCACAGCCAGCCAGUAGUGGGUCUAUCCGUAGCCUACUGCUCUGUGCCGUCGGACGAGUUCGAAGUAGCGCGAUCGCCAUUGGGAAACCUUUUCAGGUCGUCGUCGUCGUCAUUGUUGCAAUCCAAUCUGUGAGUACGGACGGGAAGGAUUGUCCAUUAACGUACAGUAGACAACGGAUCCAUAGUCUCUCGAAAAACCCUUUUUCCAUCGACGGAUUUUUGUGUAAAGUUUGAGUGACCGAAAACAGGAAAAGAAAAAACAUAAGGCUUCUAAUUGGCCAUUUGCUGGUGUUUUCUUUUCGUCAUCCCCACCCUCGGGAAAAGGAAAAUUUAGAGCCAGUAGAUUCGUGUUCGUCACAGCACUGAGCCACGCCGUAUCUGUGGAAUGAUGAUGGUGUAUGGGCCUUCUCCUCUUUAGCGCUGAAAAGUGAAACUAUCACAACACAACGAACUUCGAAAGAGAGCGAAUGAAAAAAAAAACUACAAGCGAUUCAGAAGAAGGCAACUCGUAUUUUUGUGUUAUUUCGCGCGGUGUGAAUCGAAAGUGGAUCAAAAGCUUCGCGGUGAAGUUGGGGGAGGAAGUUUUGCGGGCUGCAACAAUUUCAGCAAAAAAAAGUUGGUGCCUGAAGAAAUUUGAAGUGUAAGUGAGCUACCGACCGAGAGUGGUAGAUAUCUGCUAAAUCCGAGGCGCUCGGCUUCGUAGUGGAUCGGAAGAGAAUUGCUGGAUUGUUGUUGUGCUCAGCCCCGUAGCAGAUCAUCACGAAGCCAAAAAAAGUGCACUGGACGGUAGAUUAGUUACGAGAAGAGGAAGCGCUCCGAAUAAACAACAAAGCCUAAGAUUGGAACUGAUGUGCUCGGUUCCAGGAAAUUGAACAAAAUAUAGGUGUACCAUACGGAAUUGACCAUCAUCGCAUCGGUACCCGGAAUUACCACUGCAGGGCCAGCUCGAUUCAGUGAUUUCUGAAAAGAUAUGUCGUCACGUCUGCUAUUCAUACUUGUCUGAAUUCGACCCGAUCUAUACCUUCGAGGCAAUGUACUUCAAAUGCAGCUUAAAGGCGAAAAGCGCCUGAGCGCUUUUUGGACACGCCUGUGCCAACUUCGUAGUGUCGCACCUUAGAAAUAUAACGUCCCACACGUGGCCACGUUGUUCGUAGCUGCUUCCUGAACACCGGACCGGAAGGAAUCUUCCGUUCUACCGGCUUCGGAGAGGCAUACCUAGGGCGAGGAGAAAUUCCCCGAAACCAAACCGCGCACCAAGCAAAACUCUUUCGAGGGUUUCAAUUGCCGAGUCGCCAUGUCGGAAGGAUUUGGCGCCGGUUCGCAGCAAGACGAUUUUCUUCAGCAACAACAAUCGCAGCAGCAGCAGUGGUCCUCCUACACCGUGAUGGAUUCGUCCCGCGUCUCGACCUGUCUCAUCUCGAUGCUGCUGAUCGUGUACGGGAGCUUUCGCAGUCUGAACAUGGAACAGGAACAGCGCGAGAAGGAGAAGAAACGGCAGAGCGAAAGCAUGAACAACCUCCUCACCGGGGAACCGGUACAACCGGAACAGAAUAAAUUUGCAACGCUGGACACGAUGCACGCCCUGUGUCUUCCGCUGGGAGCCUCCAUCUCUCUAUUGGUUAUGUUUUUCUUCUUCGACUCCAUGCAAAUGCUUUUUGCCGUCUGUACAGCCAUUAUUGCCACCGUUGCCCUGGCCUUUCUACUCCUCCCUAUGUGUCAGUACAUCAUACGGCCAUGUUCCGAUGGCAAUCGGAUAUCGUUCGGCGUUUGUGGACGCUUCACGGCAGCCGAACUGUUCAGCUUCUCGCUGGCCGUAUCCAUAGUCUGCAUCUGGGUUCUGACCGGACACUGGUUGCUCAUGGAUGCCAUGGGCAUGGGCCUUUGUGUAGCGUUCAUAGCCUUCGUCCGAUUGCCCAGUCUCAAGGUGUCCACGUUGCUGCUGACCGGGCUGCUCAUCUACGAUGUGUUCUGGGUGUUCUUUUCGUCGUACAUUUUUAGCACAAACGUCAUGGUUAAGGUAGCAACCCGACCGGCGGAUAAUCCGGUUGGAAUCGUCGCACGAAAGCUGAAUCUCGGCGGUAUCGUAAGGGAACCGCCCAAGUUGAAUCUCCCCGGAAAGCUGGUAUUUCCUAGCAUUCACAACAGCGGACACUUCUCGAUGCUCGGUCUGGGCGACAUUGUAAUGCCCGGCCUGUUGCUGUGUUUCGUGCUGCGUUACGACGCGUACAAAAAAUCUCAGUGCACCCAGACGGCCGAAGCGGGCGUUCCACCACCGAGAGGAGUCGGUUCUAGACUUACUUAUUUCCAUUGUUCCUUAUUAGGUUAUUUCCUCGGUUUACUAACCGCCACCGUUAGCUCGGAAGUAUUCAAGGCAGCUCAACCUGCACUGCUGUACCUAGUACCGUUCACAUUGCUACCUCUGUUGACCAUGGCAUAUCUGAAGGGCGACUUGAGGCGGAUGUGGAGCGAACCGUUCAUCAUACAGCAAGCAUCCAAACAGUUGGAGGUUUAAGUCAGCAUUUAAAAUACCCUCUGCGCUUUGCGCCCGCGUUCGGUCCGUUUCGGAAAGCAGAUUAGAACAACCACAAGCAUCAAGAUAGUAUUAGAAAACAAAAACACUCAUUAUGCAUGUAGAUGUUGAACUUUCUCUAAUGGAUCGCAGAACAAAAAAAAACAAACAAACAAUUCUCUAGAGAACAAAUUAAGUAAAGAACAAGGAUUUACAUAUAGCAAAUAAGUACUCAUAAGUAUAAUAUAUACAUUAUAUGUAAGUGCUAAGAUAAACAGAAUCCCUUUCUGAUGUGAGUGUAUUUAGUAAGGAAAAAAGAGCAAGCAAAAACAACUUGAUCUACAAGAUGAUAUCUUGACAACGUUGAAUAUGCGAAAUGUAGAGUAUAAAAAAGACAAAAAAUAAUUAAUCGGCUCCAGGCAGAGAUGGAAGGAAACAUUCUUUUAUGCCAAGAAUACUAGAGAAACGGUACAUGAUGAACAAACGCUACGAAACCAGUUAUGGCUUAAAUGCUGAAUGUAAAAAUUAAAUCAAUGAUAAAAAGAUUUGUAAUGUUUUUAUCAAUUUUUAUCAUUUCCGAAGACUAGCGAAAGAAAAAAUAUCUGUUUGGUCUGUUUCAAUCAAAGCACAUACUUUCGGUUCAACCAUGUAAGCCAGACUUUCCAGGUUCAGAUUAUAUAGUUUAUCGAACGUCAGAGAAGUAAGACUUCCGCGAUUUAACUUUAUACCAACCAAACUACAUCAAACAGUUAAUAUGCAAUCACUCGUAUUUCCGAAUCUUCAUUUAAGUUUCUUCAUACAUAUGUCGUCAGUGUCGAAUAGAAAAUGCUUUUCGAAUUCACCAAAUAAACAAACAAAAAAAAUGUAAGGUACCUCAAUCAAAAUCAACAUUAAAAUUCUGCUCCGCCAGCCUGCCUGUAAGACAAAUAUGGCACCAGAAAGUCAAAUUAUUAGUAACACUAGUGUUGGCGUAAACUUAUCGGACAAACAGGUUACAAUUGGAGAAAAGUCGGAAUGUUCUUUUUUUCUUAAUUUAAAUUUUUAGCCUCUCAGUGUUAGAGCAACCAUUUUUUUCCAAAACAAAGACAUCCAAAUAGUUGAACAUCAAAAUUUGAAGACAUCUCAUCCCAUCUCACCUAAAAACAUACAUUUAGCUGCAAUACUCUAACCCGCGGUUGAUCCCCUGUGUAAUAAGUGAAACUGUUAGAACAACAAACAAUAUAAACAAAAUGUGAUAAUUUUGAUUUAUUUCCGCACUCUCUGUGUAAUUGCCUAUAUAAAAAUAUCUCGAAUGUAUACUUCAUGAUUUUUUUUUUAUUUUUAAAUAGAAAAGUCUGUUUAAAAUAGUGAAAUAAAAGCGUUUUUGAACA